CUACAGAGUAGCAGUACUAGUAGUAUACUGGUAAAAUUUCAUUUUUCAUUUUUCAUUUCAUUUCUCGUUUUUUAAUUUAUUCUUCUUCCUCCUUCCUCUCUGUUGUGGCUACGCGCACCGAGGCAGCUCUGAUGCCAUAAAUCGACGUUUUCUCUGGAUUUUUUCUAGAAACAGAUUUCGAUAACAAGAAAGAAGAAGAAAUAAAAAACUUUUGUUUUCUCGAUGGAGAUCUGAAGAAGGGCGUACUCCUAUUACUAUGAACCUCAUCCUCAUUAAGAAGAAGAAGAAUUAUAAUCUUACAGGUAUCAGGGAGCUACUUUUGAUCCAGUAGUUAGGAAUUUCAUUACCAGUUCCACCCACAAAGUGGAUUGUAUUAACAACCAUGAUGAGCAAUCUCAAAUUGGGGGUUGAGGUGGUUGGCGCACACAACCUCAUGCCCAAAGAUGGUCAAGGAACAUCGAGUCCUUUUGUAGAGCUUCAUUUUGAAGGCCAGAAAUUUCGUACAACUAUCAAGGAAAGAGAUCUCAACCCUGUGUGGAAUGAAAGCUUUUAUUUCAACGUCAGUGAUCCUUCUAAUCUCCAAAAUCUUGCACUUGAAGCUUAUGUUUAUAACAAUGUGAAAGUCACCCACUCCAGAUCUUUCCUUGGGAAGGUUCGGCUCACUGGCACAUCAUUUGUCCAUCUUAGUGAUGCGGUUGUUUUGCACUACCCUUUGGAGAAGCGCGGCAUCUUUUCUCACGUGAAAGGAGAGCUUGGCCUGAAAGUUUAUCUUACUGAUGAUCCAUCCAUUAGAUCUUCCAACCCACUUCCAGCAAUGGAAACUAUAGUCAAUUCGGACGGAAACAUAUCAUCCCAACCUCAAAUGCAACCUCAACCUCAACCUCAACAUAUGAUGAAUGCAUUUACAAACAAUCCCAAAGGAGACUCAAGGCACAGCUUCCAUCACUUGCCAAACCCUAAUCACCCGCAGAACCAACAACACCAGCAACAUCAGCUACACCAAGAACAACAAUUCGGAGGAUCACCAUCGUAUGAACAAGUUAAAUACGCUGCAGAUGAGAUGAAAGCGGAACCACCACCUGCCAAAAUUGUUCGUAUGUACUCAUCAUCAGCUGCACAACCAGUUGAUUAUGCUCUUAAAGAGACCAGCCCAUUCCUCGGUGGGGGACAGAUUGUUGGUGGCCGUGUUAUACGUGCAGAUAAACCUGCCAGCACUUAUGACCUCGUUGAGCAGAUGCAGUUUCUCUUUGUACGAGUCGUUAAAGCCCGUGAGCUUCCCUCUAUGGACAUUACGGGGAGCCUCGAUCCGUACGUUGAGGUGAAGAUUGGAAACUACAAAGGAACAACAAGGCACUUUGAGAAAAAGCAGAAUCCCGAGUGGAAUGAAGUGUUUGCUUUUUCAAAGGAGCGUAUACAGGCAUCAGUCCUUGAAGUUGUCAUCAAGGAUAAAGAUCUUGUCAAAGAUGACUAUGUGGGUACAGUAAGGUUUGACCUUAAUGAGGUCCCUACGCGAGUUCCUCCUGAUAGUCCAUUGGCUCCAGAAUGGUAUCGGCUUGAGGAUAAGAAGGGGGAUAAGGUGAGAGGUGAGCUGAUGCUUGCUGUCUGGAUAGGCACACAAGCUGAUGAAGCAUUCCCCGAUGCAUGGCAUUCGGACGCAGCAACACCGAUUGAUAGCUCUGCAGCUGCCUCCACACACAUACGAUCGAAGGUUUACCAUGCACCACGACUGUGGUAUGUACGUGUCAACAUUAUUGAGGCACAGGAUUUGAUUCCGACGGAUAAAAAUAGGUUCCCAGAUGUGCAUGUGAAAGCUCAAAUUGGUAACCAAGUACUGAAAACAAGGACUAUCCAAGCUAGAUCGAUGAACCCACUAUGGAAUGAGGAUCUAUUAUUUGUAACUGCUGAACCCUUUGAAGAUCACUUAAUCCUUACCGUGGAAGACCGGCAAGGGCCAGGCAAAGAUGAGAUUGUUGGGAGAGUCAUCAUACCAUUAAACCAAGUUGAGAAACGAGCUGAUGACCGCAUCAUCCACACUCGUUGGUUCAAUCUGGAAAGGGCAGUUGCUAUUGAUGUUGACCAGUUGAAGAGAGAUAAGUUUUCUAGCCGUCUCCACCUACGUCUUUGCCUUGAUGGUGGGUAUCAUGUUCUUGAUGAAUCAACACACUACAGUAGUGAUCUCCGACCUACAGCGAAGCAACUCUGGAAGCCGUCGAUUGGUGUGCUGGAACUUGGUAUCUUGAACGCUAGUGGGCUUCACCCAAUGAAAACAAGAGAAGGUAAGGGUUCAUCAGAUACUUACUGUGUAGCUAAGUAUGGUCAGAAAUGGAUACGGACACGUACCAUCAUCGACAGUCUCAGCCCAAAGUACAACGAGCAGUACACAUGGGAGGUCUAUGAUCCAGCCACUGUUCUUACGAUUGGUGUUUUUGACAAUAGCCAGCUUGGGGAAAAGGGUCACAAGGACGUGAAGGUCGGGAAAGUUAGGAUUCGUAUUUCAACACUAGAAACAGGGCGGGUGUAUACACACUCUUAUCCUCUACUAGUCUUGCAUCCUUCGGGAGUUAAAAAAAUGGGAGAAUUACAUCUGGCUAUAAGGUUUUCUUGCACGUCGUUGGUGAACAUGAUGUAUAUAUACUCUCGCCCAUUAUUACCGAAGAUGCAUUAUGCACGGCCGUUAACAGUGGUGCAGCUUGAUAUGCUGCGACAUCAAGCAGUUAAUAUAGUGGCAGCAAGACUGAGCCGAGCUGAGCCCCCACUUCGUAAGGAGAUAGUGGAGUAUAUGUCUGACGUUGACUCGCACUUGUGGAGCAUGAGGAGAAGCAAGGCAAACUUUUUCCGUCUAAUGUCAGUUUUCUCGGGUUUAUUUGCUGUUGGUAAAUGGUUCGGAGAUGUUUGCAUGUGGAAGAAUCCAGUUACUACUGUCCUCGUGCAUGUUCUGUUUGUGAUGCUCGUGUGCUUUCCAGAACUUAUACUGCCAACAGUAUUUCUCUACAUGUUUUUAAUAGGAAUAUGGAAUUUCCGGUACCGACCUCGUUAUCCACCUCACAUGAACACCAGGAUUUCUUAUGCAGAGGCAGUCCACCCAGACGAGUUAGAUGAAGAGUUUGACACAUUUCCUACUUGCCGUAGUCCAGAGCUUGUUCGAAUGAGGUAUGAUCGAUUGAGGAGUGUAGCAGGAAGAAUUCAAACGGUUGUAGGAGAUAUAGCGACACAAGGGGAGAGAUUUCAAGCACUGUUAAGUUGGAGAGAUCCACGUGCAACUGCGAUCUUUGUUACGUUCUGUUUAGUUGCUGCAUUGGUUCUAUAUGUAACACCUUUCCAGGUGGUUGCGGUUAUAGCUGGUUUCUUCAUGAUGAGGCAUCCCAGGUUCCGACAUAGGUUGCCUUCAGUUCCCAUCAACUUCUUUCGGCGACUUCCAGCGAGGACAGAUAGUAUGCUGUAAAUACUUCUUAAGCAAGUUCAGUAGAUUCAGAGAGAAGCUUACAGAUAUAAAGGAUUGUCCAAAGUGUUGGUUAACCUUAUCUCAAGAUUGUGAUUUGAGACUGGCAUCCUGAGACCAACAUAUUGUUAAUCUCAGAGACUGAAGAUAAAGUUACAGUUGAAUUUGAAAACUGAACUAAGAGCUGGAAUAAUGUAGUCAGGCAUUCUCAUCCAUAGUUGUUUAUGGACUCCUCUUUCUCUUGCCUCCUUUGCUAAGAUGUCAGCUACUUCAUUGCACCAAUUCUUAAGCAAAAUAUACAAAGUUUGUCAUAGGAAAGUAAAGUUGUCAUUCCUGAUUUCUAGUUUACAUUGCCUAGAAAUUAACUCAAACUCAUGUCUCUUUAGUAGGGAUAUUUACAUAAUUUAAAGCCAUGGAUUGUUA